GCCUUGCGCAUCGAAAUCUCAUCGCGCCAUGAGCAAAGUCAUAGAUGAGAGCAUGGUGCCCCCGACGCUUGCAGAUGACACAAGACUGAAGGAUGUGGAAGAAGCGAUGUCUGUUUCCCCAGAUCCACCCAUGGCAAGUCCGAUCUCUGCAGUCCGCUCAGGUCUAUCAGGGGCAUUGCCUCUUCAACGAAUGAAGACCAAGGGGGCCUCACGAGAAGUGUUGGGCUAUAGCCAGCUGUCCUUGCAAGAAUCAGCCUAUGAGAAUGCCUUUUUGCUCCCGCUCAUAUCAGGGCGAUUCUUCGGCAAAUCUGCUUUUCUUUUGCUUGUCAACUUCAUUUUGCAGUAUUCUGUCGCAUACCUGCUGUACAGAAGAACCACAUUGACCCGAAGUGUCUUGCGAGCAAGCCUGUUUGGCAACGGAGAGGACUCGUCGAGCACUUGCUGGCAGACAGACGAGACAGGCAUCAUGUGCACGGCAGACGAAGUGUUCUAUGGCACAGCGUUUUCCCGCCUGGAUGAAAAUGGUGAUGGCAAGUGGACCUUUGAGGAGGCUUCCAAACUGGACUCACAUCACCUUCAAACCACUGGGCGGCGCUUGAACAUUACUCAGGUAUACAAGAAUGUGCUUCAUCAGAUGAGGAAGUUUGCAGGUUCUCGUGUUACAAACUGCGAUGUCAAUCAUGAUGUGCAAGCAUUCGAUAUCUCGUGGGGCUACUGGGAGCCGGCUCGCAUUUCGAACAUUACCAGCGAAGACUAUAUAGUUGUGAAUUACAAUGACCCUGCAAAGCAGGAUGAGCUUGCCAGAUAUCUUGAGCCGCAUCAUGUCAGAAAAAAGCUGGAGGGUGUGAUUUACGCCUGCAGUGUUCCCAAGUGCGUGGACAUGGACAAUGGCGCUACAGAUGCCUCGGAAGCCACAUGCAGGGACUACAAUGGCUUCGAUGCUUGCUCGGGUCACUGGGAUGACGAUGAUUUCGACGUGAACCACUUGUGCUGCACCUGCGGAGGCGGAUCAAAACGUUUAGCUCUCACAGGCUUUGAUCAUCUUCCCGUGGCUCUACCGUUGGAAGCGGUCAGCGAGCUUCGCGCAUUCCGACUUUGCAUGCAAGAAGCCAUUGUCCAGGCGCAGCAAGACAUUUGCAUUAUCAACUUUACGUCAAUUCCAAGAGCAGUUUAUGAGGAGGAGAUCGAGCAGUUUGCUCGCUUUUGCGUGGCGCCAGAGGCUGAUAUAUGUAGUAAUUUGGGGCAGCGGGGGCUGCUACCUGAAUUGAACCUCAAUAUUACCUCUGCGGUACCAUUGUUUCUCAAGGUUGUCGGCAUUGGCAGUCCUGCGGACUUGACGCAAGAGAAUGUGUGCAGAAAAGCCGUCAGCCUCUUCUGUCCCAGCAUAUUCACAAUACAAUCCACUCUGCAUCACGAGCAACGAUCCGUGAUUUGCGGCAGAAAGUCGGCGAAAGUCACUUCAAGUGACAUCACAGUCACCUAUGCGACCAGCAAUGUGUACGAAGAUGCAACAUUUGGUCUUACUUCCAUGAUGUUCCAAGGCUUUUUGUUUUUGAUCGUAUUUCUUUGGGGCCUUGCCUCUGUGGCAGAGUUCCGGAGCAUAUUGGUUUGGUGGAACGUGCUGCUGGCCUUACCCACCUGUCAUGUAGCCCACAGCAUUACUGAGAAGUGGUCUGAGGGGGAGGAGUGCGUCUUGGAUGUGACUGGGAUCCCCAACGCUAUGCGGAUCUUGACCAUUGGGCUUAACCUGCUCCCGCGGAGCAUGCUGCAGUGCUGCAUCUUCAUCGUUGGGAUCCAGUACCUCUUGUCUGUGCGGAACAUCAGCGACCUAAUUUUGAACAGCUUGGCCUUGACCUUCCUCGUCACAGUGGACGAGAUGCUCUUCGCAGCCUUCGCCGGCGCACAGAACGCGGUGUGGAUCCAGUCUGCCAAGCCGGUGCAGGGCCGGUCCUUUGGGUGUGUGGACUGGAUCCUACAAAAGACCCACAUCCCGCUGGGCAUGUUUAUUUUCUUCCCGAUAUUGAUUUGGGAGACCUACUUCUUGGUCUCAAACAAGGUGACGACCGACCAACUGGCCCAGGCUACUUACUGCCUGUGCGACUUGAAGGGUGACACCUGCUUUGCCCCAGAGUUUCUCAGAGCUUUGUGAAAGAUGUCGGUGCGCGGCAAUUAUCGCGCAACCAGAUGACGAUGUUUCACCUUCACAGCCGAAUGGCCUGCGAAGACAUGCGAGAACGAACCAAACAAAGAGGUGCAAAUGAGGGUCUUGCUUUUCAUUGGCGUACUCG